AUGUCCACUGUGGAGGACACUGCUUCUCCUACAGUCAAACUAGAACUGUGUGUCUUCAUCAGGGGACACUUUUUGUGUGUCUUCAUCAGGAGACACAUUUUGUGUGUCUUCAUCAGAGGACACCUUUUGUGUGUCUUCAUCCGGGGACACCUUUUGUGUGUCUUCAUCAGGAGACACAUUUUGUGUGUCUUCAUCAGGAGACACAUUUUGUGUGUCUUCAUCAAGAGACACAUUUUGUGUGUCUUCAUCAGGAGACACAUUUUGUGUGUCUUCAUCAGGAGACAGCUUUUGUGUGUCUUCAAUAGGAGACACCUUUUGUGUGUCUUUAAUAGGAGACACUUUUUGUGUGUCUUCAUCAGGAGACACAUUUUGUGUGUCUUCAUCAAGAGACACAUUUUGUGUGUCUUCAUCAGGAGACACAUUUUGUGUGUCUUCAUCAGGAGACAGCUUUUGUGUGUCUUCAAUAGGAGACACCUUUUGUGUGUCUUUAAUACGAGACAAUUUUUGUGUGUCUUCAACAGGAGACACCUUUUGUGUGUCUUCAACAGGAGACACCUUUUGUGUGUCUUCAACAGGAGACACCUUUUGUGUGUCUUCAUCAGGAGACACCUUCUGUGUGUCUUCAUCCGGGGACACCUUUUUUGUCUUCAUCAGGAGACACCCUAUGUGUGUCUUCAUCCGGGGACACCUUUAUUUGUGUCUUCAUCGGGAGACACCUUUUUUUGUGUCUUCUUCAGGAGACACCUUUUUGUGUAUCCAGGGACACUUUUUUUUGUGUCUUCAUCAGGAGACACCUUUUUUUGUGUCUUCUUCAGGAGACACCUUUUUGUGUGUCUUCAUCAGGAGACACCUUUUUGUGUGUCUUCAUCAGGGGACGCCUUUUGUGUGUCUUCUUCAGGGGAUGCCUUUUGUGUGUCUUCAUCGGGAGACGCCUUUUGUGUGUCUUCAUCAGGGGACGCCCUUUGUGUGUCUUUAUUCGGAGACGACUUUCUUGUGUUCUCAUCAGGGGACACCCUUUGUGUGUCUUCAUCGGGGGACACGUUUUGUGUGUCUUCAUCUGGGGACGCCUUUUGUGUGUCUUUAUCCGGAGAUUACUUUUUUGUGUCUUCAUCAGGGGACACCUUUUGUGUGUCUUCAUCAGGAGACACCUUUUGUGUGUCUUCAUCAGGAGACACCUUUUUGCAUGAUGAGAACAUAGAAGCAGACUAUUUUAUACCACGUGUACAUAGACCUGGUCCUUAUGGAGCGGUCAUCUCCUUUAGUCCAACACGUGUCAUAUACUGUAUAUUGUGUGUGCGUGUGUGUGUGUGUGUGUGUGUGUGUGUGACAAGGUUUUUCUUGUCUGCCAUGUUUGGUUCUUUCUCUUCCUAGUGGUGUUUCUCACACAGCUAAUGUUCCUUCAAAAGGAUGACCAUUGGACUAAAAGACCUAAUCAAGUGAUUAUUAAUGGAGUGAUGUGUAACGGGUAUGGACUUGUGAUAACUUUGUGGAGUGGUGUGUAAAGGGUCUGGACUUUUGAUGACUUUGUAGACAGCGAUCACACAAUGGACUCCUUUACAGAUGAAGUAAAAACCACAUCAACUCCUCCUCUGUGACUCCUGGUACCUUCCUCAGCAGCCAAGUCACAGUGUAACAAUUUUAAUAAAUACACACUAUCAUUAUACACCAGGGGUGACCAUUACGUCCAUCGUCAGCUACUGGUCGAUGGCGGAGGGUGUGUCAGUCCAUCGCCAGCUACUGGUCGAUGGCGUAGGGUGUGUCAGUCCAUUGCCAGCUACCGGUCGAUGGCGUAGGGUGUGUCAGUCCAUCGCCAGCUACCGGUCGAUGGCGUAGGGUGUGUCAGUCCAUCGCCAGCUACCGGUCGAUGGCGUAGGGUGUGUCAGUCCAUCGCCAGCUACCGGUCGAUGGCGUAGGGUGUGUCAGUCCAUCGCCAGCUACCGGUCGAUGGCGUAGGGUGUGUCAGUCCAUCGCCAGCUACCGGUCGAUGGCGUAGGGUGUGUCAGUCCAUUGCCAGCUACCGGUCGAUGGCGUAGGGUGUGUCAGUCCAUUGCCAGCUACCGGUCGAUGGCGUAGGGUGUGUCAGUCCAUCGCCAGCUACCGGUCGAUGGCGUAGGGUGUGUCAGUCCAUUGCCAGCUACCGGUCGAUGGCGGAGGGUGUGUCAGUCCAUCGCCAGCUACCGGUCGAUGGCGUAGGGUGUGCCAGUCCAUUGCCAGCCAGGCAUUAAAAAAAUAAACCUAAAAAUGGUUGAUCAUCAAUCUUCACUAUGAUGUCACUUGAUUGACAUUCACAACACCCGAGGGUCUUGUGAGAUGACGCUGGCUGCUGCCAGAUCAUUAUUAAGAAAAAACGACCAACAGGAAGUCGAGAAACACUUUUUAUUUCAACAGACUCUCGCGCCGUACCUGUUGUCAAAACUCUAAAGACCGACUGCACAGUUCCUGUCUUCACAAUAAAAGCCCUGCUUCAUCCUGCCUGCGCUAACAAAAUAAGAGUCUCAGAAAGCUAGCGCACACAAGCUAGCAAGCUGGGGAGUUUGUAUUUCUUGUAAAGUGUAUAAAAAGGAGUAUGGAAGCUGGACAAACUUUCAUGUGGUAUUGGACAGAAAGGAGGACUUGUUUUCUCCUCCAUUUGAAAAUGUGGACGUUAUCAUCACUACUGUCUGAUUCCAAUCAAUGCAAGUCAUCACAAUCAUACCAACUUAUAUUCUUGUCUUUAUGAAAGAAACAUGCUUGUAUUAUUAUUAAACACGUUUAACUUGUUAACAUCUCUUUCAUAUAUAUAACUGAUCACCUCCACUUGGUAAGUUGAAAAGUAAGCCACUGAGCUGGAAGUAGUGGUCACAUGACAUGAAAGAUAUAAAACAUACUUUUUACCAACAGGAAGUAGUGGUCACAUGACAUGAAAGUUAUAAAACGUAACUUUCGUCAAACAACGAAAAUAAAGAACUCUUUUGAGAUAAAAUUCACACAAACACAAUACUUCAAUAACAAAAUACAAUAUUAAUAAAGUGCAAUUUCAAGCAGUGCACCCCACUUGAUCAACUAUGGCAGGAUUUGACCCAGAGUAUUGUCACCUUUCUCCACUUGGCAGCUGAUGUUUGCUCCACACACUCUGGUCAUUGUACAGUAUACACAUGUAUGUUUGAAAGUAUUGUUAUGGCUGAUAGACAUGGUCAUUGUACAGUAUACACAUGUAUGUUUGAAAGUAUUGUUAUGGCUGAUAGACAUGGUCAUUGUACAGUAUACACAUGUAUGUUUGAAAGUAUUGUUAUGGCUGAUAUAUGUGGACAUUGUACUAGUGGUGAGUGUAGGGAAAUGUCCAUCCAUCCAUCUAUUUUCUGCCGCUUAUUCCCUUUGGGGUACCGGGGGGUGCUGGAGCCUAUUUCAGCUACAAUCGGGCGGAAGGCGGGGUACACCCUGGACAAGUCGCCACCUCAUCGCAAGGCCAACACAGAUAGACAACAUUCACACUCACACAAUAGGGCCCAUUUAGUGUUGCCAAUCAACCUAUCCCCAGGUGCAUGUCUUUGGAGGUGGGAGGGGCCUAUCCCCAGGUGCAUGUCUUUGGAGGUGGGAGGGGCCUAUCCCCAGGUGCAUGUCUUUGGAGGUGGGAGGAAGCCGGAGUACCCGGAGGGAACCCACGCAGUCACGGGGAGAACAUGCAAACUCCACACAGAAAGAUCCCGAGCCCGGGAUUGAACUCGCGACUAUUCAGGACUUUGGUAUUGUGAGGCAGAUGCACUAACCCCUCUACCACCGUGCUGCCCUCAACUGAGUUACUGAAUAUUAAAAAUACUACAUCAAUUGAGUUACUGAAGGAUUAUUGUUGUGUGUCACAAUAACACAAGUAGCCAGUGAGGAUUAUUGUUGAUGUGUGUCACAAUAACACAAGUAGCCAGUGAGGAUUAUUGUUGAUGUGUGUCACAAUAACACAAGUAGCCAGUGAGGAUUAUUGUUGAUGUGUGUCACAAUAACACAAGUAGCCAGUGAGGAUUAUUGUUGAUGUGUGUCACAAUAACACAAGUAGCCAGUGAGGAUUAUUGUUGAUGUGUGUCACAAUAACACAAGUAGCCAGUGAGGAUUAUUGUUGAUGUGUGUCACAAUAACACAAGUAGCCAGUGAGGAUUAUUGUUGAUGUGUGUCACAAUAACACAAGUAGCCAGUGAGGAUUAUUGUUGAUGUGUGUCACAAUAACACAAGUAGCCAGUGAGGAUUAUUGUUGAUGUGUGUCACAAUAACACAAGUAGCCAGUGAGGAUUAUUGCCCUUAUGUGGGCUCUGUACCGAGGAUGUCGUUGUGGCUUGUGCAGCCCUUUGAGACACUUGUGAUUUAGGGCUAUAUAAAUAAACAUUGAUUGAUUGAUGUGUGUCCCAGUAAACUGCACAUGCACACAGUUAGGUGGAAAUAGUUUAAAAAGUGUAUUAUAUCUCUUGUUGGAAUAAGAAAAUGUCACCGAUUUGGUGGAACGGUCCUUAAACGUGGAAUUAGGCAAUCCUUUAUGAGUCUCGUGAAUAGUUACAGUAUGAUAAAUGAGAAAUAGGCGC